CAUCCAUCUACAUCCUCAUCUACAGGAGCCGCACGGUCCCGCACUAUGAUUCCACUGCUGAGUCAAAUAAAGAGUGGAGGAAAACCGCUUAUCUGGAUGUUAUUAAUGACAUCACUGAGUUUAAAGACAGGUGCUGUAAAAGUGCAGAUACAUCCUCGUUCUGUGGUGAAACAUGUGAACGAGAGUCUGGAGCUUGUAUGCACAGCAUUAGACUGUCAAGAUGAACCCAAAUACACAUGGAGGGGGAUACUGGACACCAUCAUCGGCGGGAAAAUGGAGUCAGGCCAGAAGAGCUCACGCAGGGUUUACAACCAAUUAACCAUUGAAGACGAGAAGACAAUCCUAUGCAAGGUGAACUGUGGGGGACACGGGCAGGCCACGGCAAACGUAAAAGUGUACUCAUUCCCGAGUGACCCCGUGCUAUCCCGCCUGAACCACUCAGCUCUUAUGUGCAGAGUCAGCAGUUUGUACCCCGUAAAUAUGUUUACGUUGGAGUGGCUGCGUGGAGAAAAAGUCAUUUCAAACUGGGAAGAUCCUGGCAACUACGAAAAGAGAUUACAGGACAUCCGGUCUCUGUACACCCCGAGCGAGGAGGACCUGGGGAAGAACAUCACCUGUAGAGUCACCCUGAGUCUCGACGGGGUACCAGAGGAUCGUAAGGUCCGCUCAGUCACAGCGCAGUAUGGUCCGGCAUUCCUGACCACCUCCAGUAACACUACUGUGAAGAUCGGAGAACGUCUGGAGCUGAAAUGUGAUGCUGAUGGGAAGUCCAGCAUUACAUGGAGGAAGUUAGAGAAGAGUGAGGCAAUCCCAAUAACCACAAACAGAGUGCAUGUGAUUGAAAAAGCUACCUCGGCUCAUGCAGGCGUGUAUGAGUGUGAGGCAAGCGCUGAACUGGCCAGCCGGAGGUCCAGAGUCAGUGUAACUGUUAAAGGUCCUCCGAACGCCCCCUUUAUCAGACUAAACCAGACAGGAAACCCAAAAGCAGGAGAUAAUGUUACCAUAAUCUGUGAUUCAGACUCUCCUCUAAGACUAAGCAUUUCUGGGGCUUCUCUGAAUCAGGUGGAGAAGCACGGUUCUUCUGUAUCUGUAAACCUUCCCUCAAUACAGCUCAGAGAUUCUGGACUUUACCACUGUGAGGCUCGAAAUGCGUUAGGCAGUAAGAGGAGCAGUGUGAACGUCACAGUACGAGCUCCACCCAUGAACUCCACAGUGUUGGUGUAUCCAUCCACACAAGUGAUGGAAGCUCAGAACAUAACGAUCCACUGCAGCACUGUGAGUUUUCCUCCAGCCAGCAUUACUCUGAGCAGAGAAGGAAAUGAACCAGGGUCUCCGUCUCCAAAUGGCAUCUUCCACCUGUUCAACAUAACAUCUGAAGAUACAGGAACUUACAUGGUCAACUUUACUAAUGAACUUGGAUAUGAAACUCUGACCAUUGAAAUCAUGGUUAAAGGUCCUCCGAACGCCCCCUUUAUCAGACUAAGCCAGAGAGGAAACCCAAAAGCAGGAGAUAAUGUUACCAUAAUCUGUGAUUCAGACUCUCCUCUAAGACUAAACAUUUCUGGGGCUUCUCUGAAUCAGGUGGAGAAGCACGGUUCUUCUGUAUCUGUAAACCUUCCCUCAAUACAGCUCAGAGAUUCUGGACUUUACCACUGUGAGGCUCGAAAUGCGUUCGGCAGUAAGAGGAGCAGUGUGAACGUCACAGUACGAGCUCCACCCAUGAACUCCACAGUGUUGGUGUACCCAUCCACACAAGUGAUGGAAGCUCAGAACAUAACGAUCCACUGCAGCACUGUGAGUUUUCCUCCAGCCAGCAUUACUCUGAGCAGAGAAGGAAAUGAACCAGGGUCUCCGUCUCCAAAUGGCAUCUUCCACCUGUUCAACAUAACAUCUGAAGAUACAGGAACUUACAUGGUCAACUUUACUAAUGAACUUGGAUAUGAAACUCUGACCAUUGAAAUCAUGGUUAAAGGGCAGCAGUCCAUCCUGACGAAAACCCUCAUACCUUCUGUGAGCUCCGUAUCCCUGCUGACUGCUGCUGCUCUGCUGAUGCGUCGCCUGAUAAGAUCCAAAAAGAAAGACUCCUUUGGUCCGUCCCUGGAUGAUGCCUUAGAGGUAUUAUAAUCUCGAGAGUGAGAGAGAGAAUAACUUAAUAAUGAAAGCAAUAAAGAGCAUAUUAACAGUAAAGAACCCUUAUACAGGCUUCCCAAGUCUCCUGGAAGUUGCGGGAGUCUACCGCUUAUAAAUAACGGCUCCCUGACGCCCGCAAGUCAGAUAAAAUCGCCCAGAAUCUUGAACGAAUGGUUCAAGAGUAAGCACAAAUUUGCACGCAGGCAACACAGAUGUUUUUUCCAAAGUGUGUGUGGAAGAAAGAGCCGUUGUGGGGCUCAAUAUCACACAUUGAGCCUAAAUUGCUUUGGCCAAACUCUGGCUUAAGUCUAAGCCCGAUUCUGGCCAAAAUACCUGGCUUACAUCUGGGCUCAGUGCCGCAUGGAGCGCUAACACCCCGGUUGCUGAGUAUAAUAUGGGAAUCGGAAACUCACCACAGAGAUCAAACCACAUUCUGCCCAAUAUGCCUAUAUGGUUCUGAUUCUGAUAGCACAGUUGAACCUGAGAGGGUGCUGCAGAGGCAAGAAUUACCACAAUAAAAGCAUCUUUUUUUUUUUAAUAUAUUUUCCCCAAUUUACAUGGCCACUCAUUAGGACUUCUAUCACUAGUUACGCCACAAUACCAGAAGGGUGAAGACUAGCACACACCUCCUCCAACACAUGUGAAGUCAGACUCCACCUCUUUAGCAUCACAGCGCUAAUGCUCGGAGAACAGCGCAGCGACUCGGUUCUGAUACAUCAGCUCACAGAUGCAGCCUUGUGCUGAUCCACAUCACCCUAGGAGUGAUAAGGGGAAAGAGCAACAUCUACUGUACCCACCCAGAGAGAGCAAGGCCAAUUGUGCUCUCUCAGGACUUCGGUAGCCAAUGGCAAGCUACAUAAACAGGAUUCGGUAUGUUUCUUGACUUCAAAAGAACACCUUUCAGCUAUUAAUGGAACAAAAAUAGGAUUUAGGAUUAAGUGACUCUUUAAAGAAAGGUUGGAAAAAAAUCAUAUAAAGCCUACAGAACUUUUCGAACCAUAAAGUUAUUCAAACAUUAUAAAGAGAAAGAUGAUUCUCUAAAUAUUUAUAACCAAAAACUCUUUUGUAUUCUUUGAUUUUGGAGUCUUUUUCUAUUUUUCCUGUUUUGUUUGUUGUGUGUUGUGUAGUCAUGUACAAUACAUGUCUGUAUUCUUGCGGUUGUGCAUAACUUCUGUCUGGCCUCUUAUUUUUUUGCUGAUUUGUACUCUUUGGCAUAAUUUGAAUCCUGAUAGUUGUUCUUUACAUUGUAUCAUCAUUUUCAUGAUCAAUGGACCAAUAGAAAUGCUCCAUUGAAUUUAAAAAAAAAAAAAAACUUGGAAUAUUAUAUACUGUAUUAUAUUGACUUAGCUAAGUUAUCGGUUCAGAACAUUCAUUUAUCAUCAAAUGGACAUAAACAGCACCCCAGGUGCCAGAAUCACCUGUUUUCUCCUUUCAGAUAUGUUGUGAAAGGUACUGUACCCAAACUGUUAAAAACAGGCAAACUGCAAAAAACACCCAUCAGAUGCAAAAAAAAUCUGCUGUAGAUUUCCAGGUUUUUACAUUUGGAUCUGAUACACAAUUUAGAAAAUAGCACCUUUUGUCUGAACCCAUAUUUCUUGUGAGCAAAAGUAUAAGAACGUGAAUAAGAAUCUGACUGGAAGGUGUGUUAUGUUGCCCAGAUGUGACUAAGAAAUACCUGGACAGUGUUUUAUGGGCUGAUUAGACCAUUUUUAACCUCUUUAACCUUCACCAAUGUGAUGAAAAGGUUUGUGUUUGGAGAAAGAAAAGAUCUGCUUACGAUGACAAAUUUACAAUCUCAUGCAAGCUCACCAUAGUCUCUACAAUAAACCAUUUCACAAAAACC